AUGACCCAGUUUCGUUACCCCCCUCAGCAGCAGCAGGGGUUUGGUCCUUCAUCUUUUAGACCACCUCCUGGCAUUAACCAUCCCCCGCAGGAUAAGCAAACUGAUGAGAUGAUGAAGGCUCUCAUGCAGUCUCAAAUUAGCUUCAUUAAGCAGACUAAACAGGCAAUUGGCAAUUCUUCUGGCCCGAGUAGUUUGAAUCCCAGUUUGGAAGAGGCUAAGGCAAUCACCACUCUCAGAAGUGGGAAGGUGAACGUCAAGGAUUUACCUCCAAAGCAAAAAUCGGUUCCACUUCCGGUGCUGAUAGCUGCGCCAGCAAUCGUUCCAGACUUGGAAAGUGUCCCUGAGAAAGAGAAAGUGGUGGUGCCUGCACCUGCAGGCCCCACAACUUUGUCGCCACCCGUUACUCCAUAUCCAAAUCGCUUGGUGGUGAAGCCUAAGUUUGCAAAGGUUUUGAAGGAUCUAUGCACUUUAAAGUGGAGAACUAAGAGUCAGGACAAAUUGCUUCUGAUGGGGCAAGUGAGUUCCAUCCACCAGGUCGAUAUCCCAACCAAGUGCAAAGACCAUGGUUGUCCUACCAUCCCUAUAGCUAUCGCAGGCCAGAAAUUUGAUAAGGCAUUACUAGAUUUAGGAGCAAGUGUCAACCUGCUCCCAUAUUCGGUAUGCUUGAGGCUUGGCCUCGGCCAUUUGAGAGCCACACCGGUCACGUUACAGUUGGCUGACCGGAGUGUGAAAGUCCCGAAGGGGGUGGCGGAAGAUGUUUUAAUUCAGGUGGGCGAGUUCAUUUUUCUAACCGACUUCAUUAUCCUGGACAUGUGCCCGAUUCCGAAGGUCUUCGAGAAUACUUCUAUUAUCCUUGGUCGUCCUUUCUUAGCCACCUCCAGUGCCGUCAUGAACUCUAGAACUGGAAAAGUCCAAAUGUUGUUUGGGGACUUGAAAAUGGAAAUGAAUGUGUUUAAUGUGGAUAGCCGAGUCGAGGAUGAUAAGAAAGUGUAUGAGGAUCUUCUGGAGAUAGCCUUAACCGCCGAGAAGGCGUCAUUCUUAGAUUCUUCAGAGGUAGGGAGUUUGAUGGAGAUGCUUGCAGUAGAGGAUGUGUAUGACGCCGCUUGGGACCCAGUUCUUGAGCCGCUGAGCGCCCCAUUAUCUUAA